ACUAACAGCACUUGCCCCUACAGUCUGUUACAGGCUAUACGGGGAAUCUUUGUCUUUGAGACCAUGAUAGGCCUUUCUCCCCCAUUAUGGUGACCUCUAAGGGUGUAGUAACAGCACGUCGCGACGUCCCCGUGUCUCAUCAGACGGUCAACAUCUGCACGUUCGUGUCGCCCGCGUCCGUCUCCUACGCGUGGUUCGCGCCGCUCUCCAUCCUCGCCUUCCUCGUGCCGCUGCUGCUCAUGGUCGUCAACUACUGCAGGAUCUUCAAGACCGUUAGGCAGAGCAGAGACCGCACCUGGAGGAACGGCCUGAACCUGGGUCUCCAGCCGAAGCAGCAGCACAGAGCGAGCCGGUCCCUUCGGAAGCUCCUCCGCUCCCUCAUGCUCCUGGUGACGUCGUUCUUCAUCUUCUGGCUGCCCCUGUUCAUCACCGUGUGGCUGAUGUACCUGGACAGGGCCGCGAGUAGCCGCAUGGAGAAGCUCAGCACGCCGGUCUUCACCUGGGUCGCCAUCCUCGCGUUUACCAACACGUGCCUCAACCCGCUGCUCUACGGCUUCUCCAACCGCCGCAUCCGGGCCCUGCUGGCCAGGAGCUGCCCGACCUGGGGCGUCCCCGCCAACCGCGUCGACCCGGGCGGCGAGCAAAGGGACGGUGGCGACGGGAGGCAGCAGUGGCGGAAGCGGAACGGAUCCGGGCGGGUGCAGGCGACGGUCAGCUACAUCGAGGACUCGAACGAAGACUACUCGCAGAUCGAGGAAACGUGAGGCGAGGAGGGAAGUUUGAGAUGAGGCGGUCGCGGCUGUGAUCGUCGUCCCCAUCGUGCCGUCGGGGUGGCGUCAACUGAGCUCAUUGCUCUGUCCGCACGACGGUCAUCAUGAUCAUCAUCAUAGGUGUUUGCCAACCUUUGGCUGCCAUUCUGUCACCCAUCCUUUCUCGUAAUGCAUCCUGCCAAGGCUCAAUAUUCUUAACAGUCAGUAUGCUGUUUCCGAUGUGUGUUUGUUAUCUCAUCCACUUGUUCCUAUUUACGUCUCUCGGUGCAAUUCACAGGACGCAUCUCUCGCCGUGGUUCCGUUUCGUCUGUCGGUGUCGAUGUCUUCUAAUCCACGGCCAAGUCGGCAACAUCCGCUGAAUUAAAUCUUUGCUUUGUCGCGGUGCGCUGCUUUCAAUCAUCAAAUUUACAUUUGAAUCAUUUGGCGGGACCCCGGGGUCCCGCAAAAAUCAGGUCAAUAAUAAUCAUUUUUCAGUCCGCCCACUCGU